AUGACUAAUGACAAGGACCAGAGGGAACAUUGGGAUGAACACAUAAAUCGUAACAAGGACCAGAGGGAACAUUGGGAUGAACACAUAAAUCGUAACAAGGACCAGAGGGAACAUUGGAAUGAACACAUAAAUCGUGACAAGGACCAGAGGGAACAUUUGGAUGAACACAUAAAUCGUGACAAGGACCAGAGGGAACAUUGGGAUGAACACAUAAAUCGUAACAAGGACCAGAGGGAACAUUGGGAUGAACACAUAAAUCGUAACAAGGACCAGAGGGAACAUUGGAAUGAACACAUAAAUCGUGACAAGGACCAGAGGGAACAUUGGGAUGAACACAUGAAUCGUGACAGGGACCAGAGGGAACAUUGGGAUGAACACAUAAAUCGUGACAGAGAACAGAGAGAACAUUGGGAUGAACACAUGAAUCGUGACAGGGAACAGAGAGAACAUUGGGAUGAACACAUGAAUCGUGACAGGGAACAGAGAGAACAUUGGGAUGAACACAUGAAUCGUGACAGGGAACAGAGAGAACAUUGGGAUGAACACAUGAAUCGUGACAGGGAACAGAGAGAACAUUGGGAUGAACACAUGAAUCGUGACAGGGAACAGAGAGAACAUUGGGAUGAACACAUGAAUCGUGACAGGGAACAGAGGGAGGAACAUUGUGGUGAACACAUAAGUAGUGACAGGGAACAGAGGGAACAUUGGGAUGAACACGUAAAUCGUGACAGGGAACAGAGGGAACAUUGGGAUGAACACAUAAAUCGUAACAAGGACCAGAGGGAACAUUGGAAUGAACACAUAAAUCGUGACAGGGAACAGAGGGAACAUUGGGAUGAACACAUGAAUCGUGACAGGGACCAGAGGGAACAUUGGGAUGAACACAUAAAUCGUGACAGAGAACAGAGAGAACAUUGGGAUGAACACAUGAAUCGUGACAGGGAACAGAGGGAACAUUGGGAUGAACACAUGAAUCGUGACAGGGAACAGAGAGAACAUUGGGAUGAACACAUGAAUCGUGACAGGGAACAGAGAGAACAUUGGGAUGAACACAUGAAUCGUGACAGGGAACAGAGGGAACAUUGGGAUGAACACAUGAAUCGUGACAGGGAACAGAGAGAACAUUGGGAUGAACACAUGAAUCGUGACACGUGA